UCAGACCACCGCUGGUUAACAUUCAAAAUAAACUUGAUGUUGCCGACCUCCACGAUAUCUCGAAACCCUAGGAAGACGGACAGGGCAACCUAUGCCCACCUUCUCUAAGAGGCUCUAAGAGAUAUGGAAGUCAAAACACCAAACAAUAACAAUGCUUUAGAGAAGUACUCGAACACUAUCCAAAACACAAUACAUAAUUCCUAUAAGAAAUCCUGUCCUCAGAGGCUGGUCCAACAUGAUCAGACGACUACCGUAUGGUGGUGUCACGAGUUGGAUCACCUUAGGAAGAUGGCUAGGAAAUCCUUUAAUAAGGCAAGCACCACAAAACUCAAAAAGAACUGGGAUACUCACCUAAGAGAAUACAAAAAAAUCGUUAGACAAAAGGAGAUGGAGAUCCUAUUGCGAAGAAAUCGAAGAUUUCUUGCAGGCAGUGAGGCUUCAAAAAGCUCUCCCAAAAGAUCCACACCGAAGCACUGGUGCGCUAAUUAA